GUUCUUGUCUUCACACUCCCGUUUGGGCUUAAAUCUCCCUCAAAGUUCGCAUGCCAUCCGACGGUGAUUCAUUUUUACCCAGAAUUCAAUCCGUAUUCUAUUCCAUUUUCGACAACCAACACGGCCCAAAAAUUGUUUACCAAGUACCUGAGGCUCUCAUCGCGACCACCCCUUCACCCUCGUCCAUUUCGGUACCUCCCACACCGGCUGUCGAUGUCCCACCCUCACCACGCCUGAGUUCACGAAAUUCGAGUUCAUCUUUGAUAUCGCCAGUUGAAACCCGCGCGUCUCUAAGCCUGAAUUCACCCAACAAGCGAUCUACUUCAUCCAAUCGCGUCUUGUUCAAUUUCGACGACAUUUCCAAAUAUGUUAUCCCCCCGAGCUCUCUUUGUGGAAGGCUAGUCAUUUGUUCUACCAAGCACCACCGGAUAAUAGGGUUCCCUGUCGAGCUUCGGGGUCCAUACGAGCGAAACUACUUUAGAUACAACCUCUGCUUUGUUUUUGAACGAGGAGCCGACUUGAGCUGCUACGAGCCUAUCGUUCGCAAAGUCAGCCGUGUUCUCACAACCUGUGAGGAGGAGUCCGCGUUUCUGUCCUCGUCUGAAACUUGUCAUACCGUUCAUGCGAUCCUAGAACAGUUAUACGAAGAUCUGAAUUCUUAUGCCGAAACGUCCAUCCCAAUUGACCAGUUCAACUCCAUUGAGCUGAAGAUCUUCCCGUUCUAUCCUAAUCCUCCUACUGUCACUGACUGGAUGGUCCCAGUUGCUCUGAUCAAUCUCUCGAAACAGAUAGAGGAGAACUGGGAUCUGACUAUGGUCAAGAUUUGUCAGUUCAUAGACGGCACAAACCAUGUCGGUAGGAUCGCUCGUUUAGCUGAUUGUGAUAUCAGCUUUGCCCGACAGGCUAUUGCACAUCUCUUAUUUUAUCAGGUCAUCAUGACCAUUGACAUAUUCCAGUAUUCAAACAUGUACACCCUUCAUAAGAGUAUCCAAUGGUUAGCCGAUGAGCCUCAUGUUAAGGAAGAGUGUGGUCCCUACGUCACCAAACCAGGACGGAUGAUACCGGACUGGCCUCAGCUUCUCCAUCUGUAUUCAAGAAUGAAACCAGGCAUAACUGUCUUUGACUGGAUGGUUGCUCAUGAAGUCGACAAACUAGGGAUUGAUGUCCGCCGUUUCACUAGUUUCGGUGUCAUAAAGGGAUUCCUUCGAAGAGUUCAUCGGUGGCCUAUCCUACUUCCCAGCAGAUCCGAUCCUCAUAUUCCAGCACGUCCUAGGGUGAAGAGCUUCUCAGGGACCUCACAACGGCUCCCACUGUCUCCAAUCCCGUCCGAGACGACUUCUUCAACGAAUCUCCUCCGGAGGAGAUUUCCGUAUACUGCACCCAUAAACGCAUCUGUUAGUCCUGAUGUCGCUACGAGUGCACCACCGACGCCAAGGGGGGUCUCGUACCGCCCUCGCCGCCCCAGUGCGGCCGAGAAGGUCCUCGAACAGCUUAAGAGUCGCGAUCAACAACAGCUCUCCAGCAGUCCGAGGACUUCGUGGAUCCAUCAACCGUCUGAUUCGCCUUCCAAUCUCCAUCCAGGAAUCAUAGCAACAUCGAGUACGCCUCAGGAUAGCAGUCCCUCGUCGAGUAAAUUUGGAAGUGUCGAAUCCCGGCGGCAAUCAGCGAUAUUGGUACCGCCUGCUGCACCCCCGAGCUCGCCUAAUCUGCCCAAGGCUACACUUGCUGCACCUGGGCCGGUGAAACCUCGGUUAUCACGAUCUCCUUCUGCUCCUGUUGAGGGUCCGAUGCCUACCACUAGUGUUCAUCAAACCGCUGAGCAUCUGUCGUUAAACUAUCCGCCGCAGCUGUUGCCUCUCCUGGAUGGAGAACAUCAUACGGAUGAAUUGUCCGUCCGGUUUGAGGUUGGCUGGGCUCGUUUGGAACAGUGGCUGAUCGCUGCUGGAGAAGGACAAGGAGACGGAGAUUAUGGACGGAUUCAGAUGAUUUUUCGGUGAAUAGCAUUGCGGUUCCAUGAUGAGAAUAAUAUUUUUCGUGUAAGAGCCGAAUGACCAAAAAAUCGAGAAUUCCGCCAUAUUAUACCCUUUCAUCUGGAAACACGGAUAUAAACUGUUUUGAUAUCAACACGAAG